ACGCAUAGUAAAGCUGCUACAGUUGUCCUCCUCUUCCGUGCCUAUAUUCACACUGAAUGUCAUCAUAGAUUUUCGAUACAAUGUGUUAGAAAGAGAUGCAGCAAACCAGUCCAUGAGAUCUUGUCGUCAGGAAGCGCGGAAGUUACAGCAGCAACUUCAACUUGCUUGUUCUUUAGUGACAGACAGUGACAUUGACAGCUUUUCACUGUCAUUCGUCAUUCUCAUACAUUUUUUUUGGGUACUUUGGGUUGUACUUGGGAUAAAAGACCUUUUUGUAUUUCCAAAUACAUUGUCAUAUAAAUUAAAAAAGAAAUGGCUGCCAUCAGAUCUAUGUCUCGCCUUCUUAUUAAUAGAUCACUUCAAACCACUGCAAAGAGGACCUAUGCCGACCAAAUGAACUUCACAUUUGCAGCUGGAAAUCAGGUUUACUAUACUGCAACUUCAGUUAAACAAGUAGAUGUACCAUCUUUCUCUGGUAGCUUUGGUAUCCUCCCCGCCCAUGUACCCACACUGGCUGUGCUAAAACCUGGAGUAGUCACUGUUUACGAAGAUGGUGGUAAUGUUAAGAAAAUCUUUGUUUCCAGUGGUACUGUCACCAUCAAUGAUGAUUCAUCAGUUCAGAUUCUUGCUGAAGAAGCCCACCCAGUAGAAAACAUUGAUGUCAAUGCAGCAAGAGACAUCCUUACCAAAGCCCAGAGCCAGUUAUCAUCUGCAAGUACAGAUGAGGCGAAAGCUGAAGCCUCCAUUGCUGUUGAAGUGGGAGAAGCGUUAGUCAAAGCGGCUGAAUAAUAAUUUAAUUUUUGUAAUUUUAUGUAAAUUUAAUAAAUUAGUGUCUCAAUGGUACUGUUCAUUUUAAAACAACAACAUAUUAGAUCUAUACCUCUAUGAGUUGACAAUUUUUACAAAAACGAGAAUCAAUCCAAAUACAUAAUUUUUGUUUACCGUU